UCCACACAUACCUCUUUCCACAAUGUCUGGUACUGAAGAAUCCCCCACUGUGAAGCUGACCAGCGGCGAUGGCUUCUCAUUCAUUAUUGACAAGGCGGUUGCCAAGCAAUCGGCUACUAUAAUGAAUAUGCUCGACAUGUCAACGGGUGGGUUCACUGAGGCACUGACCAGCGAGAUCAGAUUCCCAGAAAUUAAGGGCCAGGUGCUGGAAAAGGUGUGCCAGUACCUGUUUUACAAACACAGGUACGCCGAUGAGGGUGCAACCGAGCGAGUGCCAGACUUUGAAUUUGACCUUGAAAUAUCUCUGGAGCUGAUGAUGGCUGCGGACUAUCUCGACUGCUGAACGUUUGUUGAAUAAAUUCUCUUGAGAUUUCAGCUGGAGUGACACGCCCUGGCGACAUCACCUGCUAUAUUAUCCAGUAGCAUCAGCGGGAAAUGCUGG